AUGUCACAUAACAGUACUGUAGGACCUAAGAUGUCACAUAACAGUACUGAAGGACCUAAGAUGUCACAUAACAGUACUGAAGGACCUAAGAUGUCACAUAACAGUACUGUAGGUGCUAAGAUGUCACAUAACAGUACUGAAGGUCCUAAGAUGUCACAUAACAGUACUGAAGGUCCUAAGAUGUCACAUAACAGUACUGUAGGUCUUAAGAUGUCACAUAACAGUACAGUAGGACCUAAGAUGUCACAUAACAGUACUGUAGGUCCUAAGAUGUCACAUAACAGUACUGAAGGUCCUAAGAUGUCACAUAACAGUACUGUAGGACCUAAGAUGUCACAUAACAGUACUGAAGGUCCUAAGAUGUCACAUAACAGUACUGAAGGUCCUAAGAUGUCACAUAACAGUACUGUAGGUCUUAAGAUGUCACAUAACAGUACUGAAGGUCCUAAGAUGUCACAUAACAGUACUGAAGGUCCUAAGAUGUCACACAACAGUACUGUAGGACCUAAGAUGUCACAUAACAGUACUGAAGGUCCUAAGAUGUCACAUAACAGUACUGAAGGUCCUAAGAUGUCACAUAACAGUACUGUAGGUCUUAAGAUGUCACAUAACAGUACUGAAGGUCCUAAGAUGUCACAUAACAGUACUGAAGGUCCUAAGAUGUCACAUAACAGUACUGUAGGACCUAAGAUGUCACAUAACAGUACUGUAGGACCUAAGAUGUCACAUAACAGUACUGAAGGACCUAAGAUGUCACAUAACAGUACUGUAGGACCUAAGAUGUCACAUAACAGUACUGAAGGUCCUAAGAUGUCACAUAACGGUACUGUAGGACCUAAGAUGUCACAUAACAGUACUGUAGGUCCUAAGAUGUCACAUAACAGUACUGUAGGUCCUAAGAUGUCACAUAACAGUACUAUAGGUCCUAAGAUGUCACAUAACAGUACUGAAGGUCCUAAGAUGUCACAUAACAGUACUGUAGGACCUAAGAUGUCACUUAACGGUACUGUAGGACCUAAGAUGUCACAUAACGGUACUGUAGGUCCUAAGAUGUCACAUAACAGUACUGUAGGACCUAAGAUGUCACAUAACGGUACUGUAGGACCUAAGAUGUCACUUAACGGUACUGUAGGACCUAAGAUGUCACAUAACAGUACUGUAGGUCCUAAGAUGUCACAUAACAGUACUAUAGGUCCUAAGAUGUCACUUAACGAAGAUGGUGAGGUGCGUGAAGCUGUGUGUAUAGAAGAUGGUGAGGUGCGUGAAGCUGUGUGUAUAGAAGAUGGUGAGGUGCGUGAAGCUGUGUGUAUAGAAGAUGGUGAGGUGCGUGAAGCAGUGUGUAUAGAAGAUGGUGAGGUGCGUGAAGCUGUGUGUAUAGAAGAUGGUGAGGUGCGUGAAGCUGUGUGUAUAGAAGAUGGUGAGGAGCCCAGCGUGCAGGAGCCCAGCGUGCAGGAGCCCAGCGUGGAGGAGCCCAGCGUGGAGGAGCCCAGCGUGGAGGAGCCCAACGUGGAGGAGCCCAGCGUGGAGGAGCCCAACGUGGAGGAGCCCAGCGUGCAGGAGCCCAACGUGGAGGAGCCCAGCGUGGAGGAGCCCAGCGUGGAGCAGCCCAGCGUGCAGGAGCCCAGCGUGGAGGAGCCCAGCGUGGAGGAGCCCAACGUGGAAGAGCUCAGCGUGCAACAGCCCAGCAUGGAGCAGCCCAGCGUGCAGGAGCCCAGCGUGGAGGAACCCAGCGUGGAGGAGCCCAACGUGGAAGAGCUCAGCGUGCAACAGCCCAGCGUGCAACAGCCCAGCGUGGAGCAGCCCAGCGUGGAGGAACCCAGCGUGGAGGAACCCAGCGUGCAGGAGCCCAGCGUGCAGGAGCCCAGCGUGCAGGAGCCCAGCGUGCAGGAGCCUAGCGUGCAGGAGUCCAACGUGCAGGAGCCCAGCGUGGAGGAGCCCAGCGUGGAGGAGCUCAACUUGCAUGAGCCCAGCGUGCAGGAGCCCAGCGUGGAGGAGCCCAGCGUGGAGAAGCCCAGCGUCGUGCAGGAGCCCAGCGUGGAGGAGCAUAACGUGGAGGAGCCCAGCGUGGAGGAGCCCAGCGUACAGGAACCCAGCGUGGAGGAGCCCAGCGUGGAGGAGCCCAGCGUGGAGGAGCCCAGCGUGGAGGAGCCCAGCGUGGAGGAGCCCAGCGUGGAGGACCCCAGCGUGCAGGAGCCCAGCGUGGAGGAGCCCAGCGUGCAGGAGCCCAGCGUGGAGGAGCCCAGCGUGCAGGAGCCCAGCGUGCAGGAGCCCAGCGUGGAGGACCCCAGCGUGCAGGAGCCCAGCGUGCAGGAGCCCAGCGUGCAGGAGCCCAGCGUGGAGGAGCCCAGCGUGCAGGAGCCCAGCGUGGAGGAGCCCAGCGUGCAGGAGCCCAGCGUGCAGGAGCCCAGCGUGGAGGAGCCCAGCGUGCAGGAGCCCAGCGUGGAGGAGCCCAGCGUGGAGGAGCCCAGCGUGGAGGAGCCCAGCGUGGAGGAGCCUCGUCUCUCAUAA